GCUAAUUGAUGUGAUUGCGCUCAGACCAAGCGACAAUGCCUCGCUGGGCACCUCGGGAGUCCACCUUUCCAUAUGGUGCAAAGAACGUUGUUGAGAACGGAAAUCAUAACCACUGCUACCGAAGGCUCGUCAAGCACCUACUCUGGACUGAUCUACCUAGUAGUGCGAACCAAUUCAAUUUGCGCGCGUACGAAUCACGUUUUCUUACCACUAUCACAAGAUCGUUUCAUUGGCAUAAAACAAGUGGCCAAUGGCAUCAAUAUACAGUCCUUGUCCGAAUUGCAAAUCUCACUCCUGGACCCGUCGGCAUAAACUUUGAUAAAGAGUAUGCCAACGAGUACGGGUUGGCCAUUCGGAAGAAGUUUUGCACUAGCCGUAAACUCUACCAACUGAUCAAGACUAAGAAGCCCGAGGAGACAAUAUUCGUUCCGAUUCAGGUGGACGCGGGGCAGGACGUGUUAAAGGUGGAAUUUCAGCUCAAGGGAGACCUUGUUGCAAAAGAUGGUAAUCUCCUCGAGGAGGAUACUACUACGAAAGACGAUAGUCAGUUCGAAAGUGCCGAUGAGGAUUUUGCGAAAGCUUGGGUUCAGACCGAUAGCGCUUCUUCAAAGGUUUGA